AUGCCUUCAGUCACGCUUCCGCCCGCACCGCGGCGCGACGACUGGAAAUCACUCGCGCCGCCAUUGCCCGCUUCUGGAAGUUCAUCUACGUUCUCUGCACAGGCUACGCUGCCGCGGUUGCCGGUUCCGCCGCUUGAGAAGACGGUGGAACGGUUGAAGGAGAGUUUAGUGCCGCUUGCGAGUGGGGAGGAGGAGUUGAGGGCGGCGAGUGCGAAGGCGGACGAGUUCGCGCGGGGGUUGGGCAGAGAACUGCACGCGCGUCUGGUGAAGCAUGCGGAGGGCAAGGAGCAUUGGCUGGAGAAGUGGUGGGACGACGGAGGAUACCUGGGCUACAGAGACUCGGUCAUUGUGAAUGUAUCAUACUUCUAUGGUUUCAAGGACGUGCCAAACACACCCAAGGACCCCAUCCAACGCGCCGCCGCCCUGACACGCGCAGGCAUGCUCUUCCGACGCAUGCUCAAGCGCGGCGAGAUCGCGCCCGAAGGAUCCAAAGCCGCGCCAUUCUGCAUGGACACCUUCCGGUGGAUGUUCGACUGCUGCCGCGUACCCGGAACAGAGGGUCUUGACUGGAGCGUGAGCUAUGCGCAAGAAGGCGAUGUAGGCGACUCGGGCCAUAUCGUUGUUGUGCGGAAUGGUCGGUUCUGGCGUGUGGAUAUGGCACCACAGGGCCAGCUGCUUGGUACAGAAGCUCUUGCGGCGCAGUUGAGGCAUAUUGUGGACAACAGCACUACUCCUAUGCCUAGUGUGGGUGUCCUGACUUCGAACAACCGCGAUGUAUGGGCAAAGGACUACGUCGAGCUUGCAGCCGAUGCUCAGAACCGUUCUGUGCUGGAGGCCAUUCACUCGUCGGCAUUCGUGUUAUGCUUGGAUACGCACACGCCGGAGGGUAUCGUUGAGCAUUCACGGAAUCUGUGGCACGGCGCAUUCCCUUCAACAGGUCGUAUGGGUCUAGAAGAUCGCUGGUCAGACAAGCCCAUCAACCUCGUCGUGUUCGACAAUGGCCAGGCAGGUAUCAUGGGCGAGCACUCAGUCAUGGACGGGACACCCACAGUCACAUUCUGCGAUACACUACUCGAUCUUCUCGCAUCUCCCUCUUUCGACCAUGGUCCAUCCUCAUUCGCUGCACAACCCAAGCCGCUCGACUUCAACGUGAGCAAGACGACUGAAAAGGCAAUCGAGGAGGCGAAGAACGCCGCUAGCGCGCUCAUUGAGGGUCAAGAUAUGAACAUCGUCCAGACGUCCUACGGCAAACGCACGAUCAAGACGUUCGGCGUAUCUCCGGACUCAUGGGCGCAACUCAUCAUCCAGCUCGCGUACAAACGUCUCACUGGCGAAUACGCCGCGACGUACGAGGCUGCUACCACGCGCAAAUUCCUCAAAGGCCGCACCGAGGCCAUCCGCGUCCGCAAGGAGCUUCUGUUGGCGGCGGCAAAGAAGCACGUCGAACGCGCGAAGGCGGCUGGAUCGGGCGAGGGCAUCGAUCGCCAUCUGCUCGGUUUGAAGAAGGUGUUGGAGGAGGGCGAGGAGAUGCCGGAAGUCUUCAACGAUGCAUUGGUACAAAGGAGCAGCUACUGGAAGCUGAGCACUAGCGCGGUGUUCAGCAAGCAUUUCGGGCCGUACGGAUGGGGAGAGGUCGUACCCGACGGGUUUGGUGUGGCGUACAUGACUGGCUUCGAUGACUACUUACAGUACACCAUCACGUCGACGACGGACAUGCCUAAUGCGAAGUUCGCGAAGGAGAUUGAGUGCGCUGCGUCGGAUCUGUACGAGUUAUUUCAAGCUGGAGAAGGAGUAAAGUCGAAGCUCUAA